GGCGCUGGGGGCGGGCGAGGGGAGGCGGGGGUGGGGGUGGGGGUCCUGCCUGCGGGGGGAGCCGGGGCGGCCCCUUGUCCGGCCACCCCCACUGCCCAGUCCCGCUCCCGGCCGCGGCGGCCGCAGCAGCCGCAGCAGUAGCGGCUCCAGGAUGGUGAGCGCCGCUGGCCCCCAACUCUGGCCUGUCGCCCCCGGCCCGCGCCCGGGUCCCGGGGCCGGACGCCCCCACAGGCCGCGCACACUCACCUAGGACCCGGCCGGGAUGCGGAGCUCUGUUGAAGAUGCACUGGACACCGGAACACGCCCAGCCCCUCAACCAGUGGCCAGAGCAGCACCUGGAUGUCUCCUCCACUACCCCGUCGCCAGCCCACAAGUUGGAGCUGCCCCCGGGAGGUCGCCAGCGCUGCCACUAUGCUUGGGCACACGACGACAUCUCUGCCCUCACAGCCUCCAACCUCCUCAAGCGCUAUGCAGAGAAGUACUCAGGGGUCCUGGACUCACCCUACGAGCGCCCCGCGCUGGGCGGCUAUGGCGACGCCGCCUUCCUCAACGGCGCCAAGGGGGACCCCGAGCCCUGGCCAGGGCCGGAACCACCCUACCCCUUGGCCUCCCUCCACGAGGGCCUCCCGGGAACCAAGUCCGGUAGCGGGGGCGGCUCCGGGGGCCUCGGGGGCUCCCCGGUUUUAGCCGGGAACCUGCCUGAACCCCUCUACGCCGGCAACGCGUGCGGAGGCCCGUCGGUGGCGCCCGAGUACGGGGCGGGCUACGGCGGGGGGUACCUGGCCCCUGGCUACUGCGCGCAGACCGGCACCGCGCUGCCCCCGCCGCCCCCCGCUGCGCUCCUGCAGCCUCCGCCUCCGCCGGGCUACGGCCCCUCGGGGCCUCUGUACAACUACCCCGCGGGGGGCUACGCGGCGCAGCCAGGCUACGGGGCCCUCCCGCCGCCGCCUGCCCCGCCGUCGGCCCCCUACCUGACCUCCGGCCUGGCGGCGCCCACGCCCCUGCCCGCGCCCGCGCCCGCACCGCCCCGGCCAGCGCCCACCUCCUACGGCUUCCAGGCUGCCGAGGCCGGGGUGUCGCUGAAGCGCAAGGCGGCCGACGAGGGCGCGGAGGGCCGCUACCGCAAGUACAUCUACGAGCCCGCCAAGGCCCCGGCGGCCGACGGCGCCUCCUACCCCAACACGGACAACGGCGAGUGUCGGGGCAACGGGUUCCGGCCGAAGCCUCCGGGGGCCGCGGAGGAGGCCUCGGGCAAGUACGGUGGCGGCGUCCCCCUGAAGGUCCUGGGUUCCCCCGUCUACGGCCCGCAACUCGAGCCCUUUGAAAAGUUCCCGGAGCGCGCCCCGGCGCCGGCUCCCCGCGGGGGCUUCGCGGUGCCGUCGGGAGAGCCCCCUAAAGGCUUGGACCCGGGGGCCCUGGAGCUGGUGACGAGCAAGAUGCUAGACUGCGGGCCCCCGGUGCAGUGGGCAGACGUGGCGGGCCAGGGCACGCUCAAGGCAGCGCUGGAGGAGGAGUUGGUGUGGCCCCUCCUCAGGCCGCCCGCCUACCCCGGCAGCCCGCGCCCGCCGCGGACCGUGCUGCUCUUCGGGCCGCGGGGUGCCGGCAAGGCGCUGCUGGGCCGCUGUCUAGCCACACAGUUGGGUGCCACGCUCUUGCGCCUGCGCGGAACUACGCUGGCCGCGCCGGGCGCCGCCGAGGGCGCGCACCUCCUCCAGGCCGCCUUCGCGGCUGCGCGCUGCCGCCCGCCCUCUGUGCUUCUCAUCAGCGAGCUGGAGGCGCUGCUCCAGGCUCGCGACGACGGCGUCGCUGCUGCUGCAGGCGCGCUGCAGGCGCCGCUCCUGGCUUGUCUGGACGGCGGCUGCGGCGCAGGGGCCGACGGCGUGCUGGUCGUGGGCACCACCUCGCGGCCCGCGGCUCUGGACGAGGCCACCCGGCGGCGCUUCGCUCUCCGCUUCUACGUGGCGCUGCCCGACGGGCCUGCCCGCGGGCAGAUCCUGCAGCGGGCGCUGGUCCAGCAUGGCUGCGCGCUGAACGAGCGGGAGCUCGCGGCCCUGGUGCAGGGCACCCAGGGCUUCUCCGGGGGCGAGCUGGGGCAGCUGUGCCAGCAGGCAGCGGCCGGGGCGGGCCUCCCCGGGCUGCAGCGGCCCCUCUCCUACAAGGACUUGGAGGCAGCGCUCGCCAAGGUGGGCCCUAGGGCCUCCCCCAAGGACCUGGACUCGUACGUGGAAUGGGACAAAAUGUACGGCUCCGGACACUGACGGCGCGCCCGGAGGCCGCGGGAGCAACCGCCCCUCUCUCCCCGCCCCUCCGGUCGGGAGCUUGUCUUUAGCCAAACCGGGCUGGGAGGGGGCCG